AUGGGGCCCAGCCCCCACCUCAACAGGGAGGACGGUCAGUGGGUGGCUGGAGGCCCCUUCCCCCUGCUCCCCCAGCUGCAGCUGGAGCCCCAGGCGCCCCGCCCCGCGGCCCACAGGCUGGGUAGCUGGAGGAGCUCCCACAGCCUGACGCGCUGCUCCCCAGAGAAGCGAUGUCUCUGGGAAGGACUCGUGGCCAAAGGCCUGUUUCUGAGGGGACACGACUCUGGCCAAGUCUCGGACACAACGUCAGCAACUUGGAAACAAAACAGGCCCCUCUUCUCCAAAAUGCAGAAGUCCCAGCCUCCCUUUGGGCCACCCAGGCUGCUGAGCCCAGGACCCGAACCCCAAAUUGCCCCAGAUCUGUCAUGGUCCCUGCAGCCCCAUCUAGCCGCAGGGGCCCCCUGA